AUGGAGCCGGAAAAUUCAAAUGGGCUCAAACGGAAUUCCAUCCACCAGGGCGUUUACAGCCGUCCCGUGGAACGCCGUCCCAGCAAAAAAUCCUCCUCCAAAGACCGUCAUGGCAUGGUCUAUCCGGAUAGUUUCAGGGAAACCAGCAUUCGCACUGUGACCCCGGACUCAUCCUCCGAACCCGCUCACCACUCCCCCUUGUCGGAGGCGGAGUAUCUUUCCAGUGCCGCAGCCUCUCCCCGUGUCACCCCCCGAACGCGAGGCCCCGACGUGGAAUCCCGUCGCGACCUUUAUCAGUACUAUUCCACCGGCGACGAAGAGGAGUCCCAGGUAGAGGCGAAAAGUCAGCGGAAUCGGUCGCGCACAACCACCCUCGAUGAUCAACGUAGCGACAUCUCAUCGAACUCCUUUUUCGCCCGGACGCGCAAUCGGCUCGGGUCCAUCAACACCGCCGCCUCUGCGCCCAAGACCCCGGAAGACUCGUCAAGUUCCAUCGGCUAUCCGUCGAUCCAGUCGCCCACCUACCUCACGCAAUCACUCGGACGUCACCGAUUAAGCAGGCCACCUCCGGUAUCGAAUGUGUUGUCAGGACCCUCCGUCGCCCAGGCGUCAUCGCCAUUGUCCAGCUCCGAUGCUUCUAAGAUCCUGCAACUCAUGAAGACUACGUGCGGACGCAUGCAUGGGAUCCUUUCAUUCCGGACUGCUUCCACCACCGCCUGGACGUCGGGUUACUGCGCCAUCAACGUCGCGACCGGAAGUUUGAUCUACCAAGCAAAGGGAGAGCCUGCCUUGGCCAAAACACUGAUCCCAGACCUUCGUGGUUGCCAGGUCCGGUCUCGCGUCGACCCAGAGUUGGGCACGAACUACCUGAGCGUUUCGACCUUCACUUCCGGUCUUGGAGUGGAGCUGCGACCCCAUGUGAGCGAAACCUUUGAUUCUUGGCUCGCCGCGUUGCUAUGCUGGCAACCAAUUCGGCCAAAAGGGGUGCAGAACAAGAUGACCAAGCCCCAAUCGGUCGCAAUAGGCGAUCGCCGGAUGAGCGACCGCCGACGGAACUCGGAAAGCACCGUUCAAAAGGAGGCGGCCAUCAUCAAAGUAGGCAAGAUGCUCCUCUGGGACCGGCCGAAUGCGUCGGGUGCACGUCCGUCCUCUGGCCGUCGCGUCUCGACCUACCGCCAGCAACGGGCCCUUUCGUCGGCGUGGCAGAAAGUCAGCUGCACGCUCCAAGAGAACGGCGCGUUUAAGCUCUUCACCGAGUCCGACAUCACGCUGGUCACCUGCAUCCAAUUGUCCCAGCUUUCCCGCUGCGCGGUCCAGCAGCUGAAUGCUUCCGUCUUAGAGGAUGAAUUUUGCAUUGCCAUAUAUCCCCAGUAUGCCGCUCACGCGGUGUCGGGACUGACCCGCCCCGUGUAUCUGGCAUUGGAGAGCCGCGUCCUGUUUGAGGUGUGGUUUGUGCUUCUGCGCGCUUUCACGAUUCCCGAACUCUACGGCCCCGAAACUUCCAUCGAAGAUGACCCGACUCGAGUACCAGGACCGACGGACACCAUCGGAAGCACGGCGGAUAUGUUCAGAAUCGAGAGAAUGCUCACAGUUCGAGUGACGGAGGCCAAGCUCUUCCCGAAAAAGACGCCGGAAGAAUCGAUCCGGAGUCGGAAGCAGUCUAAGUCCAUUAGCAACACUUCGACGUCGGCAGUAAAUGACUACUACACCGAGGUUCUUCUGGAUGGAGAGAUUCGCGCCAAGACUGCGGUCAAGUAUCGCACUGCAAACCCUUUCUGGAGAGAGGAUUUAGUGUUCAACGACCUGCCGCCCGUGUUGUCUCAGGUCUCGUUGCUCGUCAAAACCCUCAAUCCCACCCAAAAGGACUGGAGCCUCAUCGCGCAUGGAUCUUAUGCUUUGAACCAAGAAGCGAACCCUAUGCGCGCGUUAGAUGAUGUUGAAAUCUCGUCCCAUGACGCCACGUAUGGUAGAGUGGAUAUCAGAUUGGACGACCUAGAGUCCGGCGUCGAAACCGAAAAAUGGUGGCCUAUCCUCGACGACCGAGAUCAAUCUGUGGGAGAGAUGCUCAUGAAAGCCCGGAUGGAGGAGACUGUCGUGCUGAUGUCGAAUGAAUACACGCCCAUGUCCGAACUGCUCCAUUCCUUUACCAAUGGACUGACCAUCAACAUGGCCCAGGUGAUGUCCUCGGAGCUCAAUCAGCUUUCCGAAGCCCUUCUCAAUAUCUUCCAGGUUUCGGGCACGACUGUUGAGUGGUUAUCGGCGCUGGUUGAAGACGAGAUCGACGGACUGCACAAGGACUCAACGGCAAACAGACUCCGAUACACCACAAGAAUCCAUUCCAACGACGCACGCGAAUCUAAUCAGGAUCGAGAAGUCCUUGUCAGGGACAUGGGGCGCACCGCCACCGUGGAAGCCAACCUUCUCUUCCGGGGCAACUCCCUGCUCACCAAGGCGCUUGACUACCAUAUGCGCAGGCUUGGUAAAGAAUAUCUAGAGGAAACCAUUGGUGAGCGCCUGCGUGAUAUAGAUGAGAGUGACCCUGAAUGUGAGGUCGAUCCGUCUCGGGUGCAUCGUUCGGAUGAUCUUGAGCGCAAUUGGAGGAACUUGAUAUCCCUCACUACGAGCGUGUGGAAGUCAAUCGCAGGCUCGGCAUCCCGGUGUCCGGCGGAACUGCGGCUCAUUUUUCGUCAUAUCAGAGCCUGUGCCGAGGACCGUUACGGCGACUUUCUGCGCACUGUCACUUACAGCAGUGUCUCGGGAUUUCUGUUCCUGCGCUUCUUUUGCCCUGCAAUUCUCAAUCCCAAGCUUUUCGGGCUGCUGAAGGAUCAUCCCCGCCCUCGGGCCCAGCGCACGCUCACUUUGAUUGCGAAGGCUUUACAGGGUCUUGCGAACAUGACUACCUUCGGUAGCAAGGAGCCUUGGAUGGAACCCAUGAACAGGUUCUUGAAUGGACAUCGAACUGAGUUCAAGCAGUUUGUCGAUUCAAUCUGUGCCAUUCCAGCCGACAGACCAGCACCGAUUGUCACCCCAUCGUAUGCCACGCCCAUCCAAAUUCUGGGCCGUCUGCCUCCGCCGUCCCGCGAGGGCUUCCCCAGCCUCCCAUUCCUGAUUGACCACGCCCGAAGCUUCGCCAACCUUAUCCGCAUUUGGCUCGAUUGUGUACCGCAAAAACUGGACGAAACUGGCGAGAUCGAUCCGGCCGUCAGGAAAUUCCAUGAAAUGGCUGUUCGCCUCCAUGAGCGAACCAAGGAAUGUCUCAGUAAGGCGGAGCAAGCAGAGCGCCCGAGUGGCAACCUUGAAGUCAAAUGGGAGGAACUGGUCGAUGCGAUGGAGAGGUCGGCGACAUUCUACGAUGAAAGCUCCAAGCCGGCCACUCCGGCCGCGGAGACGGCCGUAGCAGGCUCCACAUCUGUGACUGGCAGUCAUCGCAAUUCCAUCGGAUAUUUUGCCUCGAGGCCUGGACUUCCCCGCCGAUCGACAGAUUACGCCGCCGAAGGUGCUGAUGAUGAUACGCCUCCGAGUUCCUCGUCCGCAACCUGGGAUCAAAGCCGGAUGCCUUUCUCCAUACCUCGAUGGUCGGAGCCGCGAGAUAGCACCGGCAGUUCCAAGAACUCGUCCACAUACUCUCUGGAAUAUCACGACUCCUCCAAGGCUCGCAGGUCUAGUAUGACCCGGGAGAGUCGGGAGAGCCGAGAGACCAGCAAAUAUCGGUUCUUUGAUUUUGUUCCUGCACCGUCCCGGCGCAAAGCCAAAGAUCGGGACCAGGCUCAACAAUCGCGAGAGGAGCUGCGGAACGAAAUCUAG